UGCAUAAUUAAAGUCUAACCUCAAUUUUUGGUUAUUUAAGUGUAUGUGAUUCACUUAUAAACCAUAAUAUGCAAUUUUGUUACUCUUUUGAAUGAAAAAUAGUUAGGAUGUCCCUUACUCGUGUAAUUUUGCCGAAAUGCAGCCAAAUUAAACUUCUGUGUACAAUGACACAGAGUGAUUUCAAGACUGUAUACAAAUUUCCAUUCGUUCAGGGUGUAGGCUUAAUAAAUCGUUUAAAAUUAUAUCAAACUGUUUUAACUUCAAUUGCACUACCGACAACGGCAAUUUUAAAUCAAUUAAACAUUGUUUCUCAGGAUUAUAUUUUAUUCACAGCAACCGUGGGAAUUGCCGGAAUUGUGCCUCUAUACAGUCUCGGUUAUUUUGCAAAUAAACUAGUUGGAAUAGUGUACUUAAACGAGAAACAAGAGCAAGUAAAGUUUGCAUAUCUGGACUUUUGGGGGACCCGCAAGGACAUUGUAGUACCUAUGAAAGACAUAGUGCCAUUUUCGGAAGUGCCGCGGUCAUUGACCGAUCCUCUGUAUUCAAAAAUUCAGCAGUUUUCAUCCAAAGAAACUCUAAAAUUAUGUACAAAAUACGGUAUCUUAGAUAAGACAGGUUUUAAUAAAAUAUUUAUAAUUUACUAG